AUAGAAUCGAUUGGUCAGAGAGCGUCACCGCGGCGGCGUCGGCGUAGACGUGCACGCCAACCCCUUACGUCGUCACCCCGCCGCUGCGUCAUCACGUCGCCGUACUCCGAUAGUGCCGGACCUGCGCUAUGGCGGAGGAAGGGGCGACGCUCCCCGAGCUGCGGGGUCUGGACGGGCGUCUCGAGAGCCUGUCCGUGAAGUAUUCCCGCCAUGCGCCGCAGAUCGACAGCCGCGCGUUCUGCGCGGACUUCUGCAAGAUGGUGGAGGGGUUCUGUGGGGUCCAUGGCGGCCCUGCCCCCCAGCUCCGCGUCCUGGAGGUGGCGCUGUGCUACUUCUUCAGAGCCUCGUCCUUCCUGCCGCCGCACUGCGACCACGUGCAGCACGCCCUCAGCUCGCUGGCCCUGAGUGUGUUUGAGCUGCUGCUGUUCUUGGACCAGAAGGAGUUCAUCCAGGAGGCCCUCCCCCCCCUCACCCUCACCCUCCAGGAGUGCCACCUGGCCCUGGCCCGCCACCCUAACGUCUACCUGCUGCGGCUGAAGGCUCUGCUCCAGGACGGGGGGCCCUGGGGGAACGGGGUCCUCCAGGCCGUGCUGCGCGAGGCCGAGGUCCCUCAGAGCCAAGUGGACCUCUUCCUGGGCUCGGAGCCGCCCCUCUUCCUGGAGCUGAGGGUUCGCUACCUGCUGGCGGCGGGGCGGGGCCAGGAGGCCGCCGCCCUCGCCCACCGCUGUGCCGCCGCCCGCACGCCGUCACGGCAACGGGCCUUCUUCCUGCAGGUGCACCUCGCCGCCCUCUGCACCACGGAGCGGACGGAGCAGCUGCACAAAGAGGUGUGCGCGCUGGGCGAGGGGGAGGUGGUGCAGGUGGUGUUUGGGAUGGAGCAGCGGGAGGAGGAGGCGGUGCUGCUCCGCCUCUGCAGGGCGGGGCUCCGGAGUCAGCUGGUCAGUGGAGGACACGCCCCCUGUCUACGCCAGCUGGUGUGCGUGUGGGGUGCGCUCCAUCGCAGGCUGCAGACCUCAGGACCGGAGCUGCUGGAGGAGAGCCGACAGCUCCUCCAGGAGGCCACCGACGCCACCGCCAUCUUCCCCUUCAUCAGGGUGCUCCUGGAGGAGCUGGGCGAUGGCGGCCUGCCGUUCUGCGUGGAGCUGUGCUCCCGGGCGCUGGGCUCCGGUCUGCUGCCGGACGGCGCCGCCCGGUCCCUGAUCCACAAGGCGGUGGCGGGCCUGCUGCCCCGGGACCUGGAGGUGUGCCGGGCCUGUGCGCUGCUGGUCUUCUUCCAGGACCGCAGCCUGGGCGCCUACCGCACGGCGGUCCGGCUCUACUCGCUGCCUGACCAGGAGUACCACGCCGAGGCCACACCUGUCGGGAACCACCUGCGCUUUGACCUCCUGCAGGCCCUGAAGAAGGACCUGGUCUUCGACCCGGAGUUCUGGAACGUGGCGGCCAUCCGGUCCCACUGCCAGAAGCUCCUCAGCGGGGAGGAGCAGCGGGCUGCCAGGGAGGAGGGGCCGGAGGAGGUGCGCUGCACCAGAGAGGUCCGCCCCGCCGCCCCCCCGCCCCCCACGGCCACCGCCCCCCAACGGCCGGACAGCAGGAAACGCCCGGAGAACGGCACGGCGUCCAAACGGACGAGGCUCUGCCGUGGUCCCGCUCCGCCGCCCGGCCACGCCUCGCUGAGAAACAAAACCAAACACGCCCCGAGGACGGCCGCGCCCCCGAGGACGGCCGCGCCCCCGAGGACGGCCCCGCCCCCGAGGACGGCCCCGCCCCCGAGGGAGUCGGGGGAGUUCCUCCGGCGCUCCUGCUGGCAGCCGGGCAGAACCAACGACGGGUUCCCCUCGGGCCGCGGGGAGCCGCGCCGCAUCACGCGCUUCUCGGAGAAGAACUGCCCCAAGCGCCGGAUCCGCACGCCCCGCUGGCUCCUGGAGGACUCGGGAACGCUGGAGAUGGACGCCCGCCGCGAGGGGAAGAAGCUCCGGAGGAAACGGCGUCAGCAGGAGCAGGAGGAGGAGCAGCAGGCGCAGGCCCGGGCGCUGGUCAAAAGGAGCGCCUCCGCUCCGCCCAGGACCGACGCCAAGGACAAACAAAGCCUGACCCGGCACCUGAAGGGCCUCUCGCUGGACUACCUGCGGCCCGCCUCGCCCGCCCGCGUCGUCCUGGAGCUCUCUCUGCCCGACAACGAGCUGACGGACAUCUUCACCGAGGAGAGCCGGAGGAACGGCCUGCCCCCGGCGCUGCCGUACCCGCCGUCGCCCUGGCCGCCCGGGCCCCAGCCGGCGGACCGCCCCCCCCGCCUGAAGCAUGUCGUCAUCCGGGCGUCGGACCAGGUCUCGCUGGCGCGGCAACUCCACUGCUACUCGCGCCGCAACAAGCACCUGGCGGCGGCGGCGACCGGCGAGGUCCAGAGCGCGCCCUCGGUGGUCACGCGCUCCUCCUCCCAGGCUCCUCCCACCAAGGGCAGGCCCCGCGUGCCCCGCAGCAAGCCCCUGGUGGAGAUGAAGGUGACCAUCGCCUCCCACGCGCCGGUCAGGACCAGAGCCGGCCAGUCCCAGCUGGGGGGCCGGGCCCACGCUCAGGCCCUUAGUGCGGGCUCGCGGCCGGCGGAUAACAAAGCCAGCCCCGUCGGGCAGCGCCCCCUGGCACCUGGGUGUACGGCUGUAAAGACGGCCCGGAGCCCCAGCCCCGAUGCCGACACAAAGCCCUCAUUAGAUAACGGAGCCCGUGAGGUCGGCCCUUCGAAUGCUCGCAAAGACUUGGCCGCCUUGCAACCCGGAGACGUGUCGGAACCCGCCCGGACCGACGCUGCGGCUGACGGUCCCUCGGCCGAGGCCCGACACGACGGCGGCCGACACGGAGGAGACGCGGCCGCAUGCGGGGCCUCGGACCCCCUCGGCCGCCGCGGCGAGGAGGACCUGCAUGGGCUGCGGUUGCUGUCGGAGACGGUGAGCGCGCUGGCGCCUCAGUCCGUCCCCGAGGCCUCGGGGGAGGCCGUGGAGGAGCGGAGCCUCCCCGCGCAGCGGAGCCCUUCGCUGGGCAGCGGCCCGGACUCGCCCCCGGACCGGUCCGCGUGUUCGCCCAGCGCGCCGGGCUCCGGGGAGGAGCGGGCCCGGGAGGCGGGGUCCGGUGAGCCGCGCCUGGAGCACCGCUGCAGCCUCUGCGAUAAGGUGUUCAGGGGCAAGCGCGUGGCGGUGCACGCCAUGUUCCACUACCGCAGACACCAGUGCAUGUUCUGCCGCACGCCGCUGAAGCACGGCCACCUGGCCAUGCUGCACGUGUCGGAGCACAUCGACGCGCUGAAGAGACGGGAGGCCGAGCGCGAGGAGCGAGGCGGCGGCCGUCGGGAGGGGAGCGAGGCGCUCCGGAGCACAGGCCCGCCGCAAGCAGCAGGCGGCCAGAGGCGACCCAGGACACCCCUAACCCCCGCUGCCUCGGCCGCGUGUUCCCCCUCCGGAUCCAGGCGGUUACGCUCCGACGGCAGCGUCUCGAAGGGAAGUCCGGCCCCCUCGCCCGGUGCCAAGGUCAACGGACACCUGAAGGGCCCCGCCCCCCACCAGCAGCGCCCCCCCCUGCCGGUCCUAGAGGAUAAACCUGCGACAACAGACCCCCCGCCCAGCGAGCCCCCCCGGCCGUCCACACAAACCGCUGGACGUCUGGAAGCGGGGUCUGCGGUCGCCGCGGAGACCUGCUGCCCGGUAGCGGGCUGCCCCUGGCGCGCCGCCCUAUCCCGGAGCUCGGUGGCGCUGCUGUACCACGCGCUGGAGGCCCACCCCCGCGACCACGCCCCCCUGCGGCUGGCCUUCAGCGCGUUCGACGGGCAGUGCAGCGUGUGCCUGCGUGUGCUCUGGAGCUUCCAGCACUACCGGCACCACGUAGAGCGCCACCGCCUCGCCCCGCGCCACCCCUGCCUCCACCGGGGCUGCGGGGCGCGCUUCCGGACGGGCAUGGAGAUGAGGCGCCACUCCCGGAGGCACCGCCCCCUGCAGGCCGGCUGCUGCGUGCCCGGCUGCUCGCGCCUCUUCAUCUGCCUCUGGGCGCUGAACCUCCACGAGCGGGAGCACUACACCGCCGGCGGCGACGCCGAGCCGGCCGAGGCUCGCGGGGCGGCAGACCCCGGGGCCAGGAGGACGGGGGCCAGGCCGGACCCCGCUCAGGCUACCCCCGCGCGGGCCAAGAGUCGCCUGAAGGUCAGCGAGCGGGCCGCGGAGGCGGAGCCUCACUCGGAGGUCAGAGCGGGGGGUUCGGGGACGAGGAGGUCUCCAGGUUCCAGGCGGGUUCAGGGUCCCGCCCAUUGCGCAGCCGGACCCCGCAGUGCGGCCUCACACAAGCAGAGGAGAACGCCUUCGAGACAAAGAGCUGAGCCCAUUCAGCCAGCCCCGGUCGCCAGCGGCAACAGGAUGAGACGGGGUCUCAGCGGCAGGCCGGUCAAACUCGACACCGAUGGCCACAAAACGAAAAAUCCUCCCGCGCCGUUGACGGAGGCGAGUACGACAUCAGCUGUUCAGAAACCAGCUCGCAAACGGGAAGCUGGACUCAUUUUGGCGGAAGAACGGCAGUCCUAUCACAAAUCAAGGUUGACCUCAACGUUCCACGAAGAGUCGCCUCCUUUGACCUCUAAAGAACAGGAAAAGUCGGCUCCUUUAGACCAGGAACAGUUGGCUCCUUUAGACCAGGAACAGUCGGCUCCUUUAGACCAGAAACAGUUGGCUCCUUUAGACCAGGAACAGUUGGCUCCUUUAGACCAGGAACAGUCGGCUCCUUUAGACCAGGAACAGUCGGCUCCUUUAGACCAGGAACAGUUGGCUCCUUUAGACCAGGAACAGUUGGCUCCUUUAGACCAGGAACAGUUGACUCUUUUAGACCAGGAACAGUCUUCAACUUUUGACCAGAAAGAGUCGGCUCCUUUAGACCAGGAACAGUCAGCAACUUUAGACCAGAAACAGUUGGCUCCUUUAGACCAGAAACAGUUGGCUCCUUUAGACCAGGAACAGUUGGCUCCUUUAGACCAGGAACAGUUGACUCUUUUAGACCAGGAACAGUCUUCAACUUUUGACCAGAAAGAGUCGGCUCCUUUAGACCAGGAACAGUCGGCAACUUUAGACCAGGAACAGUCUGCACCUUUAGACCAGGAACAGUCUGCACCUUUAGACCAGGAACAGUCUGCACCUAUAGACCAGGAACAGUCGGCUCCUUUAGACCAGGAACAGUCUGCACCUUUAGACCAGGAACAGUCUGCACCUUUAGACCAGGAACAGUCGGCUACUUUAGACCAGGAACAGUCGGCACCUCUAUACCAGGAACAGUCUGUUCUUUUAGACCAGGAAGAGUCGGCUCAUUUAGACCAGGAACACUUGGCUCCUUUAGACCAGGAACAGUCUGCACCUUUAGACCAGGAACAGUUGGCUCCUUUAGACCAGGAACAGUCUGCACCUUUAGACCAGGAACAGUCUGCUCCUUUAGACCAGGAACAGUCUGCAACUUUAGACCAGGAACAGUCGGCAACUUUAGACCAGGAACAGUCUGCAACUUUAGACCAGGAACAGUCGGCUCCUUUAGACCAGGAACAGUCUGUUCUUUUAGACCAGGAACAGUCUGUUCUUUUAGACCAGGAACAGUGUGUUCUUUUAGACCAGGAACAGUGUGUUCUUUUAGACCAGGAACAGUCGGCAACUUUAGACCAGGAACAGUCGGCACCUCUAUACCAGGAACAGUCGGCUCCUUUAGACCAGAAAGAGUCGGCUCAUUUAGACCAGAAAGAGUCGGCUCAUUUAGACCAGGAAGAGUCGGCUCCUUUAGACCAGGAAGAGUCGGCUCCUUUAGACCAGGAAGCGUCGGCUCCUUUAGACCAGGAAGCGUCGGCUCCUUUAGACCAGGAAGCGUCGGCUCCUUUAGACCAGGAAGCGUCGGCUCCUUUAGACCAGAAAGCGUCUGCACCUUUAGACCAGGAAGAGUCGGCUUCUUUGGCCUCUAAAAAGCAAGAACAGUCGUCUUCUUUGACCUCUACAGAACAAGAACAGUCGUCUUCUUUGACCUAUACAGAACAAGAACAGUCGGCUUCUUUGACCUCUACAGAACAAGAACAGUCGGCUUCUUUGACCUCUACAGAACAAGAACAGUCGGCUCCUUUAGACCAAGAACAGUCGGCUCUUUUGGACCAAGAACAAGAACAGUCUGCUCCUUUGGCCUCUGUGGACCAGGAAGAGUUGGCUCCUUUAGACCAGGAACAGUUGGCUCCUUUAGACCAGGAACAGUCGGCUCCUUUAGACCAGGAACAGUUGGCUCCUUUAGACCAGGAACAGUCGGCUCCUUUAGACCAGGAACAGUCGGCUCCUUUAGACCAGGAACAGUCGGCUCCUUUAGACCAGGAACAGUCGGCUCCUUUAGACCAGGAACAGUCUGCCUCUCCAGACCAGGAACAGUCAGGGCCUUUAGACCAGGAACAGUCGGCACCUUUAGACCAGGAACAGUCGGCUCCUUUGGCCUCUCCAGACCAGGAACAGCUGAAAAUACAUCAAGCGUCCAAAAAACACAAACCUAUUUCAGCUGCUCCAAAGAAUUCCGAUGUUGAUUUGGUAAAGAAGGGAAGGGUUGCCCAUUUAAACAGCGGUCCAAAGUCCAAAGCAGCCUCUACCGGCAACGCACCUAAAUCAAAGUGCGGAACUCAGACCAAAAUGAAAGAUCUCAAAGUCGGCAAGGUAACAAAAACUGCCUCGGUCACCAAGGCAAUAAAAACUGCCUCGGUCACCAAGGCAACAAAAACUGCCUCAGUCACCAAGACAACAGAAACUGCCUCGGUCACCAAGGCAACGAAAGCUUCCUCCGUCACCAAGGCAAAGAGAGCUCCCUCCGUCGCCAAGGUCACAAAAUCAACCGCGGUCGCCAAGGCACCGAAAGCUCCCUCCGUCGCCAAGGCAACAAAAGCUCACUCCGUCGCCAAGGCAACAGAGGUUACAGCGGUUGCCAAGGCAACGGAGGUUACAGCCGUCACCCAGACGUGUGAUACUCCACAGGAGGCCCCCGCCACCGAGCCCUCCCCCGCUGGCCCCCAUCAGCGGGGCGCGGGCGACGGUGUCGGCUACACGGUGCUGAUCAACGGAGCGGCCGCCGUGAAGCGGAGGGCCGCGGACGAGGCCACGCCCCCCUCCUACCGCAAGAACUACUUCCGCGCCCCGCCCACCACCUACCUGGACGAGCGCUUCACCAACAUGCCCAAGCGCCGCAAGCACAUGUCCAUGUUCCGCUCGGCGGCCCCCAGGAGCCCGGAGCCCCAGGCCGCCGCCACGCGCUGCCCCAGCUGCUUCAGCUCCUUCCUGCGGCAGGACGAGCUGCAGGCGCACCUCCGGGACCACCGCUGCUCCGGCAUGUUCGGCUUCGACUCCGACGAAGACGACAGCUGAGCGUCCCGGGAGUCACCUGGAGGCCGGGACACCUGGACCACGGCGAGACCGGGGCCGGCACACACCUGGGGGCUGGAGGGCGGGACACCAGGACCACGGCGAGACCGGGGCCGGCACACACCUGGGGGCUGGAGGGCGGGACACCAGGACCACGGCGAGACCGGGGCCGGCACACACCUGGGGGCUGGA